AAUCGUUUUGCUAUCUUCUUCGAUGGUCUCCGACGAUUCCCUUCCACAGCCAUGGUUUCCACUCUCUCCAAAUUUCUGACUUUGACCUAUUAUGAUGCUUGCGUCUCUCAAUCUGCCCUUGCGACUGAUUCUGCCGCUGUGACUCUAACUCUGUCGCUUCGCCUCCGCCGCUGCUUCUCCGACUACUCCGCUGUGCGUAUACUCCUUUGCCCGCGGCUCCAGAUCUCCUCAUGUUCUUCACUAUCCUAUGCGACUUCAGAUCUCUUUCCCUUUUCCACAACUAGGUUUAGAUGGCUCUUAUACUCGAGGCUUCUACAACACUUUCAUUCAGAAUAUAUCACCUAUAUGGAGUUCUAGCCACAUCUCAUCGUUUAGGAAUUGUCAUUGAUACCGACCUGGGUAAACUUCGUUCGGCUCUCCGAGAAAUUGUGAAUCCAUAUGAGAAUGCAAUCUUUGUUAUUGGCAAAACGUUGGCUCCUUCCAAUGAAGACAACUUCAUCUCCUGUUUCGGCUUUGUCGACUCUACUACCCAUGGCGACGAAGUGUUCAGUUUGCACAGUGACAAUUCUCCAAGCCAUGGCUUUGAAGAUGUCUUACCAUGUUACAGAGGAUUCACACCUAACUUUCCUUUAUCAGAGCAACCGCCAGUUUCAUGUUCUGGUGAUUGGCGCCGAUGGGCAUGGACUGAGAUGUUUCGAUAUGGCCUAGGGGGAACUCAGACAACAAGAGAAAGCAACUAUUUCUUAACCUCAUAUGCCGAUUGUUUUAGUAAGUGUUGGAGACGGGCCAUGGGCAGACAUGAGGAAGAUGGGUGACCUUAUCCCUAAGCGUGUCGAUCUUUCAGGUAUCAUCUCAUCUCCAAUUUCAGUUCCAUUUGUAUCCUUUUUUGAUCUUGAUCUGCUCUCUGCAAAGUUUCUGAAUUUCACAGAGAUCAUGAGAGAGGGACCAUCAGAGUUAGCCAAAGAAAGGGAAUUUUCUCUUACUGAUCUAAUUUGUGAUUCAGAUGAAGAAUGGAUCCGAGGAGGGGCAGAUGAGGAUGUACGCAUUUUCUGUAUUUUUGUGUUUAACACACUAAAGAAUUUAGAAGCAUAAAUUAUGUUCUCUGGAGCACAUGAAUUUUCUAAGCAUAGUGAUGGAGUUGGGAAUGAGCUGUAGCACCCGGUGUCUCAGUAUCUGCGAGAUAUCAGCAUGCAGCGGUAUGAAAACUUCUUCUUCUUUGGUUCUCUUAUCUCCGUCAGAAUAGUUAAAUUGUUUGAUGGAUUAUUUAGUUCUUUGUAAAUAGAAAACUUCAUGUGUCCGGCGACAAGAAGCAAUAUAAAUUUGACAGCUGAUGUUUGACAAAAGAUGGCAUCACAACAACAUAAUUACAAAUUGUUGAUACUUUAGGGUGUUACUUGAUGACCUAUUAGUGGCUGAGGAUCUUGCCUCUGUAGAGACAACCUAUGAUGCUUCUCAUGCUGUUCGUUAUGAAGACGCUUUGUCCUGAACCUUUCAGAAACUUAAGAAACACAGGCAGGUGAAAUUUUGAUAGGUGUUGCAGUACCGUGAGGAUCCUGUCAAAGCUUUCGCCAUGCGAAACCAAUGGUCAUGAAAGUGGCAGUUGAAGUCGUCUUCAAGCUGGGUCUGUUUCCGCAGACACAGCAUCAGGACAGUUGAGCGGAAUCAUUUGUGAAUCCCACACUGGCAAAGCUUUUUACAAGACUUAUUAUAACUUGUGAUGUCUUAACUCUUGAAGAGCCGUCAUGCUUUGACCACGAACAUAUGUUUUUUCAUUGGGGUGUUCACACUACGUCUUAAUGUAUACUCCAUAAGUUCCUAAAACAAUUUAGUUCGAACCUAAUUUUUGAUUAUACGAAACAAAAAUAAUGAUA